CCGGGACCUUUUCCGUGGAGAGACAUGAUGACGUCACUUCCGGUCUGGUCGCUUAUAAUAGUGCACGUCGGCCACAACUGGGGCUCGUACACGCUCAUGACGCAGAUACCGACGUAUCUCAAGAAUAUUCAGCAUUUCGAUAUGAAGAGUAACGGCCUGCUCUCGGCGCUGCCUUACCUGGCCAUGUGGCUCUUCAGCUUAGGGUUCAGCAUCUUCGUGGACGCGAUGUCUUCCAGGCUGUCCAUCCUCAACGUCAGGAGGAUCGCCAUGGCCGUUGCCUCGUACGGGCCCAUGUUCGGCCUGGUGGCCAUGUGUUUCGUGAACUGCGACGGCAUCAUGGCCAUGGCCGUCCUCUGCACCGUCGUGGGCAUCAGUGGCUCUCUGUACUCGGGGUACAUGUGCUCCCACCAGGACCUGGCGCCCAACUUCGCCGGGACGCUGUUCGGAGUCACCAACACGCUGGCCAACAUCCCGGGUUUCGCGGCGCCGCAGCUCACGGGCGCCAUCACCUACGGCAAUCAAACCCUGAGUGCCUGGCGAAGGGUAUUCCUCCUGUCGGCUGCCAUCUACUUCGUCAGCUGCACGGUCUAUCUCCUCUUCAUCAGCGCCGACGUCCAGCCCUGGAACGAACCGCGGCGAGGGGCGCAGAAGAUGGCUCUAUCAGAAGGCACUUACUGCUUGAAAUAUUUUCGAAAAGGUGUUGCAUCGGAGGCAAAUGCAUCCCAGCUGUGUAAUUGUGAGGUUAUGAGACUGUUAGAGAGUGAGGGUGACGGUGCAGGAAUACAGACUCAAGGACAGAGAUAA